GUCUGACGUGGGGGUUGCAGACCCGCUGCUCCGUUCUCGCUCCCGUUGCGGGAGGAGGCGUUGGUGCUUUGUGCAGCCUCUCGGGGGCUGGCGCCGGCCUCGGUCCGUUCGCGAGCUGGGACCGCUCUGCGGACGUAACUGCCUCCGUGGGGCUCCCGGCCGUACGGGCGGCGCCGGGCGUCUCUUCAGGUUCCGGCGCCAACACUUCCCGCCGCCCGGCGUUAGCUGCCCGCAGCCAGAGGCUUGUGGGGCCCGCCGGUGUGGGCCACGGCAGCCCCGCCGCCAGCCCCCGCUCGCCCUGGUGGCUCUGCGUGCCCUUCUGUGCCCGCCUCAGCCCGCGCUGGCACGGGGGCCCGGUGGGGACCGUCCUUGUGCUACCCGCGUCCCGGUGGUGCCUCGUUAUUUCUGAAGCCCUCUUGAGUGCCGGAGGCUGGUAUACCUUAGCGUUAUGUGUGAUACAAAAGAAGCUAAAAUGCAGAUAACACCAGAAACUCCAGCACGAUUCACAGUCCUGAAUCCUUUUGAAAGUCCCAGUGAUUAUUAUACUCUUCAAGAGCAGAUUGUCUCCAGUCCUUCAGUCUUUAAAUCCACAAAAUCCUCAUCUUCACCAGGAAAAUUUAGAUGGUCUAUUGAUCAGCUUGCUCUCAUAGAUCCUGUGGAAAUUGACUCGGAAGAUGUUCGGCGUCAAGCAAUGUAUUUGAGUCAUGCUAGAAUUGAUAAGGAGACAGAAGACAGAAGACAAAAAGCCAUUGAGGAGUUUUUCACAAAAAGACUCAUAGUUCCUUCUCCUUGGACUGAACAUGAAGGCAAGCAAGUUUCUCAGUUUAAUUCUACUAAAUCCAUAGGUCUAAAUAACAUUUCUCCAAUUGGAAGACAGCUAAUGUUGCAGCCUGGGAAAAGCAAUGCUUCUUGUCAGACAGUACUGUCUUUGCCAGUGGACUUUAAUUUAGAGAAAAUACUAGGUGAAUAUUUUAGGACGGAUGAAUUUGCAGAUCAGUCUCAGGAAAAUCUGAGUUCUUCAUCACUUAGAAGAAAGCUGUUUUUAGAGGGAAACGCAAAUGUAUCUGAGUGUUUGUCCCCUUCUCUGCAUAGUUCAUGUAGUAGUCAGCCACUUGGAGUGCUUUGUUCAAUAGACAUAUCUCCAGUCCGGUGCAGAAGCCCUCUGGAAACAUCUAGUUCAGGUCAAUUUUCAUCAAGUCCUAUUCAGGGAGGAACAAGGGCUUAUAGUCUGGGAAGUAUAACCAGUCCCACAUUUCCAGAGGGGUCUCCUGCACAUAAUGGUUCUCCUACUUUUUCACCAAUUGCUUUUCACAUAAGAAAGACACCGCUGUCAGACCAAAGAAAAUUUACAUUUUGUUCUCCAGAUAUUCCUUCUUCCUCAAAUAGAAUGACACCCCCAAGCACAAGAAGUCCUUAUAUAGAUGGUUGUUCUCCAAUUAAAAAUUGUUCUCCUAUGAGGCUUGGAGCAUGUAGAGGAACUGCCCAGUAUCAGACUUCUGUCAUUAGAAUACCGAUUGCAGUUGAGAGUCACGGUGAGGAUGAGGAAGACAAGGAGAAUGCUUCUGCAGCAGAAGCUCGUUUCCCAGAAAUGGAUAAUGAAAUAAACUUAAGUCAGCAGGACGGCGAUACUUUUGCACGUGGUACACGUCUUGUGGUAGCAACUGUGUCUAUUGCACCAGAUCACUCAGAAGCUUGUCAUCAAAGGUUGUCAUCACUUCAGGAUAUAGAAGGCUCAAAGGAAAAUAAUACCGUAGAUAUGGCUGAUGCAGCUGAAGUGUUAGGAGAAAACACUUGGAUAAAAGAAACAAUUGGUAAUAGCAAUGCACCAAUGGCCAGCUUUAUGACCGGGAUUACUUUCAGUAUUGAAAACUCUCGCAUGUGUGUGUCACCUCUUGCAGAAAGCAGUGCAAUUCCUUGUGACAACAGUAGUAUUCAGGUUGACAGUGGUUAUAAUACACAGACUUGUGGAAGCUCCAUUAUGGAUACUGCAGGGGCUGAAAACAGUUGCAGAGAAAAUGAUGUGAAUACUAAUGUGUUCCAGAAUAAAUCUCAGCUGCUUAGAACAAAGGAGUGUUCCAUUUUAAACCAGAAGGACAAUCAGUUGCCGAGAGCAACGUCUCCAGAGAAGCAAUCCUGUUUCCAGAAAGCAAAACCACAUAGUACAGUACUUGGUCAAAAUGCAACUUGUAACAUUUCUGUCUGGAAACAUAAAAAUGAAAAUCAAGUUCAGGGAUUUCACAAAAAUGUAAGGAUGGCCAGUCCCAGGAUACUGGAUGGAAGUUCUGCUUCCUGUUCUAUUCCACAACCCACUGAAAAGCUUGUACCAAAGUGAUAGACUGUGGCUGAUGAGUAGCUGUUGGCAGACUAAGCCUGAAACAUGAAACAAUUGGUCAGACCUAAAUUUGAAGGCAACUGACAUUUUUUAGGAAUCUCAAAAGAGGGGAGUUAUGAACAGAAUUGCAUAGCCUUAAAAAGAACCUGAAACUUCUAAGCAAGCGCUCUUAUGAAUAGAACAGUUCUUGGAAGUUUUUCAUUAAUAAUUCACCAGUGAAAGCUUUCUGAAAAAAUAUACUUAAAAAAUACCAUCAAUAAAGCAUCAUUUGGUUUUAGUUGUCACAUUGCAAAAAUAGUAAUAAUAAAGAAAAUUACUUUAGAUUUCUAACCAGCAAACAUGGCAUGCAUUAUUUUUACUUCCAUAGCAAUUAAAUAUUUUUGUAACACAUAUCAGAUUGACAGUAACUGAACCAAACAUCCAGAAUUUAUUUCACAGUCUUGAAACAGUGCCCUACUAAAAGCUGGAAAUAUACUGAAUUGGUAACUUUUAAGGAAUGAAUUUUUUUACAGUAGAGAAUGAACUCGGUCUUCUGGAAAAUGGAUUUAUUUAAUAGGUCCUUCAAAAUAUUUUUAGCUUUAGGUUGUAAGGUUUGUAGCUCAAAAGCAAGACAAAACUUGUCUUAUAUUUAAAAGUUAUUUAUGACUGCAUCUCUUCUGUUUCUCGUGAUAAAUCUAACAGUAAUCAAACUGAAAGGGUAAGUUUCAGAUUUCUGGACUGUACAAAGGAUUUAUUUUUGCAAGUGUGAUUAUUAAGCGAAGCAGGGUUGUCCAAAUUAUGAUGUGUUUCUGAACUGUUUGGCAUAUGUAUAAUUAAGAUUUAAUUUUUUAAAUUUUUCAUUCUUUUUAAUGAUCAAUGAUCAGAAAAGCAAUGGCUUAAAUAUUUGUGCCUUUUUAAAGUAUUUUCUUAAAGGCAAGGGAAAAGUAACAGCAGAAAUGGGUGAAUGUGAGAAUUAAGGAUCCUCCCAAAUUGCCUGUAUUUUCUGUCCUGUUUUAGUCUUCAGUUAGAUGGGAACUAUUUCUUUUAUGGAAGGAUGCAUAUUUUUUUAUUAUGUUUGUGUAAUUGUAUUGAAGAAACCUACUGUGCAAAUUAUUACUGUGCAAAAUCAUUUGACUGUUGUUUCUCCAGUUGUACUUAAUGCAUUGGUUGGAACACAUUGCACAAAAUGGUCAAUGUUUACAUUAAAUUAAUUACAGUAGUUUUAAUGAGAGUCCCUUUUAACAUGUAGAGGUGUAAACUGAGUAGUGAAACAGAAUAAAGGAGUUUCUUUCGUA